AUGUCACUUGUAGCAACUGUUCUCAUUAUCUUAUACGCCGCGAGUUAUACGUCACAGGCAACCAGUGAUGUUGAAUGCACCCAGGUUCAAGAGAAUUGUUAUGUCUGCUCUUUAUCUGAAAACAAUGUGCCGAAUGAGAGCUACUGUCCUACAGGGAGCGUGAUGGUAAACCGUAUAUAUCCAACCAACUAUACUAAUACAACCACUUAUGCGCCAGAAGAGGUGAUCUGUUGCCCGGACAACGAUGACACCUUGUAUCAUAUACUGCUACCUUGUUUGUUUGUGACUGGCUUGCUUUUGGGAAUGCUGGUCUGUUAUCUUCUGUACAUCAAACGAGUGACCAUCCUCCCAAAACUGAUGUAUAUUUGUUGUCCAUGCAUAAAUCGUAAAUAUGUUCUUUCGGAGAUUAGCAUGCUAGAAGUGCCCGAAGAACAGCAAAUAGAGAGGCCUGAGAGGGUUGAGCUUGUCAGUGGUGCCUGUUACGACAAUACGCUAUUUGAUGUCACAGACGAACGAAAACGUUUACCAACCUGUACGAGACAACGUGUUGAUGUAUUUACCAUUUCCACAGAUUCUGAUGCAGUAGCAGAAGCUUUUACUGAAGGAUUUGGUCUACCUGUGGAAGAGGAAGAUGAAACACCUAUUCCACCUAUUGAUCAUGCACCCCCAUCUGAUGUCAACGAACUGGACGAGUUGAUUGGCAUUGCAGAAGACAUGGCUGAAACGGCACACAGCAAAAACAUGUGGAAGAACUUCAAUUUUACAAAUACAAGAUUUGCUGCGGGCCUAUUCGACAAGGAAGGCGGCCAACUGAGUCUAGUGGAGAUGGGGAUAAAUCUGUUUAUACCACCAGGUGCAAUCGAUGAUAAAGAUGCCCCUGCAAUGAUUUAUAUAUAUGUCAAUAAAGGACAACAUAGCAUAGUUCCACCAUCCCCAAACCAACUGGUUGUCAGUCCAACGGUAUACUGUGGACCACCAGGAGCGACUUUUGGAGAGCGUGUGGUACUGUCAUAUCAACACUGUGCUGCCAGUAAUGGAUCAAAUGUAAUUGCUCUUUGUACCAAAACAGAGGUUGGCGUGGAAGAAGAUUUUCGAAAUAUUUCCGAGGAUGGGUCCUGUUUCAGGAUUAUGAAAGAAAAUAAAUGUUUCCUGUUUGUAGAUCAUUUCACAGGUUUUACAACCAUCGUCGAAGGGGGAAGUGCUAAGAAAAUAAUGGAUGUGGUUUGUUACACUGAGAGUCUUGUCCCUGCGACAGAAAAAUUUCCGAUUCGGUUGUACUGUGUGAAUCAAACAGCUGAUGCGAAACAGAUUGUUCGUGAACAGGAAUUUGAUCUUGGCGGGAAACAAACAGGACUUGCACAGCAGAUAAUGAUAGACUCCCAGAAUCAAGAGGACUUGGAAUUUGCAGUAAAACGAAUAAUGCCUGACUCUUGGAAAGUGAAUAAAAUCCUUGAACGAGAAUCUGUUGAGGUUGUUGUAGAAAAGGCUAUUUUAAAUUCUAAAACCAGAGGCCCACAACGCAUGAAUUAUGAACACCGGUUGAAGAUCAGCCAACUACUUGAUGUUGACUCACCAGAUGGAAAUGAUUGGAGAAUGUUUGCAAGCAAGUUGGAUUUAGAUUGGAGCUUUAUUAAAGAAAUUGAAACAUUAUACAGACAGAAUGUCAUACGCAGCCCAACUUUUCAAUUGUUAAAUAUUUGGGAAAUGGAGAACAGUGACCUAACGCCAACGCGUCAGCUUGAAGAACUGUCAAACUUGUUUUCAGCAAUUGAACGUAAAGAUGUAGUUCGUGUAAUGUAUCCAACACCAAAUGGAAGUGGGACAUAA